AUGGCCAAGUGGACUGACCCUUGUCCGUGCACAGGUCGUAGAGACACUUGGCAGUUCAACCCGGACGACAUUCCAAAUGAUCUAGCCGCAGGUAAAGGUCGACCAAAAUGGAUUCUCUCAUCCUACGGCCCAGGCAAAAACGCACCAGCGUCUUUGCUCCAGGACAAUGAAUUCAGCGCUGAAGAAGUCCGAGCACGAUUCUACGAGCUCGCGGCCCAGGGCAAACAGGAUGAAGCUGACCGAGAAGCCAUUGCGCUCUGGACUAAAGCAGAGCAAGACAUAAGUCAGAUUGUCAAUAACGCCCGCGACGUCGAGAAAUUCAUUCAAGAGGCGGCAAAGACGCAUCCCAACCGCGACGACUUUACGCGCAUGGACGGCACGAAAUCAAAGGAGCAGAUCAUCAAAGAGACUGAAUCAUCACCAUCAAAUAUGUCGGGAAGCUUUGGCUCAAACACCGGAGGUGGUUUCGGUUCGAACUCCACAUCAAGUCCGUUCGGUUCUAAAACGCCUGCAUUUGGCCAGCCCAGUCAACCAUCGUCCGGGUUUGGAGCCUCGCCGUUUGGAAAACCAGCAUUCGGACAGAGCGGAUUUGGAGGUGCAAGUCCGGCAGGCGGUGCAUUCGGUGCAAGUGGAGGUGGCUUUGGCUCUGGCUCUAGCACAUCAGCUGGCUCGUUUGGGAAACCUGCAUUUGGACAAUCUGGAUUCGGUGCAUCGUCGUUUGGUCAGCCUGCGCAGCCGUCAUCCAGUUUUGGAAAACCGUCGUCGCCAGCAGCAGGGUUUGGAACCCCGUCUCAGCCACAAUCAGCAUUCAGCCAACCAUCCCAGCCUGCGUCUGCGUUCGGUCAACCGGCAUUUGGGGCGUCAGGCUUUGGUUCGAGUGGUCCAAAGAAUCCAUUCGCUCCAGCUUCGGCCUCAGGUGGCUUUGGUUCGACUACCUCGACUUUCGGCCAGCCGUCACAAUCUAGCUCUGCGUUUGGCCAACCUUCUCAGCCUACUUCGGCAUUUGGGCAGCCAAGUCAAGCAUCUUCAGCGUUCGGGCAGCCGCCUCAGCAAUCGUCUGCCUUUGGACAGCCUAGUCAACCAUCGUCUGCAUUCGGACAGCCUAGUCAACCAUCUUCCACAUUCGGACAGCCAUCACAACCGACCUCUGCAUUUGGACAACCAAGCCAACCGACUUCUGCCUUUGGACAACCAUCCCAACCAUCCUCUGCCUUCAGUCAACCAAGCCAACCAACAUCGGCCUUUGGUCAACCAAGCCAAUCGAGUUCUGCGUUCGGUCAACCAUCCCAACCAUCCUCUGCCUUUGGGCAAGCACAAGCACAAGCGCAACCACCACCACCACCAUCUGGUUUCGGGUCCAGCACAGCCCCAGCGUUCGGUCAACCCAGCGCCCCGACGAAUCCCUUCGGCGCGAAGCUCACAGAAGAUCAGCCGAAGGACGAGAACAUGGACACCACGACACCAGUGUCGUCGCAGCCCCAACCUCGCGCCAAUCCAUUCGGAGUUGCUGCUCCCCAUUCCCUUCCACCUCCUCCAACAGCAUCGGCGCUCCCGGCCUCCACCUCAACCACUGCUCACCCACUAAUCAACAAACCUGCCCGUGCCCUGCAUUACACGGAAUCUCUACCCCCAGGCCCUACGCAGAAGAACCAAGCAGGGAGACUGCACACCUACCGCGGCCAGCCCGUCGCGUACGAGAACAAUGUCCCCUGUUACCGGCGGCCUGACAAUCGGGAGUCGGAGAAAAUAUGGUUCCCUGAUGGGGCGGCGACGCCGGAUGUCGUAGCCUUGAAUCGAGAGGAUAAGAUCUGGGAUCUCCAGGGCGAGGUGGCAGAGUACACGGAGGAUGUGCUGGAAAGUUACAGACACCUGUUCAGUGAGGGAAGGUGGAAGGAUGGCAAGAUGCCACUUGUUCCACCGCUGCGCGAGUGGGUGGUUUAUGAUUUCUAG